AUGGCAUUUAAAAUUAAGAAAGACAAUAAAAGCCAACUACACAAAGAGAAAUCCAUUAAAAACAAUGAAAAAUGUACAACGCUAAAAAAAUAUGUUGGUGGUUACUGUCACAGUAACACAUUAUUCGUCUCUCGAGGAACAUUUCGAGAACGUACUCAAAAUUACGAUGCCCUAGCAGCUGAACCUGGUCAAAGUGUUACAGCACCUAAACCAUCAGAGAAGUCCAGUGACGAUGAUUCAAAUAAAAACCUGGAAUUAGAUGACAGCAACAGUGAUGUUGAUAUUAACAAAGAUGAAGAGGAGGUUGAAUACUUCUGUCCUUCAUUAAAAAACAUCACGAAUGGAAAAUUCCUGUUAGUAAGUUUUUUAUCUGAUUCUCGGAAAUAG